AUGGGAGUGCCAGCAUUAUUCAGAUGGCUUUCGAAAAAGUAUCCCAAGAUCAUAUCUCCAGUUAUAGAGGAAGAGCAACAUGACAUAGGUGGAGCAAAGUACGAGGAUCCUAAUCCCAAUGGAGAGAUUGAUAACUUGUACUUGGAUAUGAAUGGUAUUGUUCAUCCUUGCUCACAUCCAGAGCACAAGAGACCGCCUGAGACUGAGGAUGAGAUGUUUUUGGAUAUAUUCACCUACACAGAUAGAGUACUAAUGAUGGCGCGUCCGAGGAAAGUUCUAAUGAUUGCAGUAGAUGGAGUGGCACCAAGGGCCAAGAUGAAUCAGCAAAGAGCAAGAAGAUUCAGAUCCGCACAGGAUGCAAAGUUGAAACAAAUGGCUAUUGACAAAGAGAUCCGGGAAAAGGAGGCACGUGGAGAGAUGAUCAAUGACGCCGUAAAAGGAAAAAAGCAAUGGGACUCGAAUGCAAUCACUCCAGGUACGCCAUUUAUGGAUCGACUAGCAGAAGCAUUACGGUACUGGGUUGCGUAUAAGCUUAGCACAGAUCCCGGGUGGGCAAAUUUGCAAGUGAUCAUCAGUGACGCCACUGUCCCUGGGGAGGGUGAACACAAGUUGAUGAGUUUUAUACGGUCGCAGCGAUCGGAUCCUCAAUAUAACCCCAACACAAGGCAUUGUAUUUACGGGUUAGAUGCCGAUUUGAUUUUUCUUGGUUUGGCAACCCACGAACCACAUUUUAGAGUCUUGAGAGAAGAUGUUUUUGCCAACCAAGAAAGACACAUGACGGUUUCGGAUCAUGUCGGUAUGUCCAAAGACCAGCUCUCUUUGAUUGAAGAGAGAGACAAAAAGAAACCGUUCUUGUGGUUGCAUGUCAACGUUUUGAGAGAGUACUUGGGAAUUGAGCUAUACAACCCGCAAAUUUCGUUUCCAUUCGAUUUGGAAAGAGCUAUUGAUGAUUGGGUGUUUAUUUGUUUUUUUGCAGGUAAUGAUUUCUUGCCUCAUUUACCAAGCUUGGAUGUGAGAGAUAAUGGAAUUGACACUUUGGUCAAUUGUUGGAAAAGGUGCAUUCCUCGAUUGCGUGAUUAUCUAACUUGUGACGGAAAAUUAAACUUACAAAGUGUUGAAACUCUUUUAGGCGACUUGGCAAUCAAAGAGGAUGAAAUUUUUCGAAACCGAUUUGCAGCGGAGAAGAGAAGAAAGGAAGGCCGCAAGAGGCGGAAAGUGGCAGAAGAACAAGAUAAGGCAUUGAAAAGCGUGUACAUGUCACAAGUGACUAAGGGUAAGGACAAAGCGCCCAUUGUGCCGGAUAAGAAUAUGCCACUAAUGGACACAAGUGGCAACAUAGUUGAAGGUUAUGCACUGUUUUCAAACAAGGAUAUUGUUGAGAAUCGAGACACGGUUACCCUAGCCGGUAUGGCGAACAAUGAUGCAGCAGCUGCACUCAAAAAAUUGAUUGAUUCCAAAAAGCAGCUCAAAGAGGAUACUCCAAUAGAUACUGAAUCAAGUGCUGUGUCAACUCCAACUUCAACCGCUGAUGCUGAUGCUGAUGCUGAUGCUGAUCUGGAAGAGCCGCUGCAGGUACAUCCUAAAAAAAGAGUAGCUGCUAAUGAUGAAGAGCCAAGUGAUGAUAUUCGAUUGCACGAACCGGGGUACCAAAAACGAUACUACCAGGUCAAGUUCCAUUGCAAAACUGAUGAGGAGGUGGAACAAGUGAGACGUGAAGUUGUCAAGAGCUAUAUCGAGGGGAUAUCUUGGGUUGCAUUGUACUACUACCAAGGGUGUCCAUCGUGGACGUGGUUUUAUCCGUACCACUAUGCGCCCUUUGCAUCUGACAUGACUAACUUGAAGGAUUUGUUCCCUGCGGGUAUAAAGUUUGAUUUGGGUGAGCCUUUCAGACCAUAUGAGCAAUUGAUGUCCGUUCUUCCAGCUGCAUCAAGUCAUGCUUUGCCUGACGUAUUUCAUACAUUAAUGAAGGAUCCGGACAGUGAGAUUAUAGAGUUCUACCCCGAGGAAUUUGAGAUUGAUAUGAAUGGAAAGAAAAUGAGUUGGCAAGGUAUACCGUUGUUGCCAUUUAUUGAUGAAAAGCGAUUGCUAGAUGCUGUACAAGGGAAAUAUGACAAACUAACAGCCUAUGAAAAGGAACGAAACACAAACAAACAAGCAGAAUUAUUCAUAUCUAAUGAAAACAAGAACUAUGAGAGGUUUGCCGAGGCUCUUUACAAGCAGGAUUUGCAAUCCGUUAAAUUCUCCUUUGCAAAGAGCAGCUUGGCGGGGUUGGCCAUCAAAUUUCCCUCUUUUGAUCCAUGCGGGACCCUCAAAUUCCCACUCAAGGAGGGCAACAUGCCAAACAUCAACAAAAAGGAUUAUUUGCAGGUGGAGUAUCACUUUCCGCAAAAGGCAUGGGGAAAGUCUAUGUUAUUAAAUGGCUUUAUCCCAGCGGUGCCUGCUCUCACCACUGCUGAUCGAAAUGAGGUCCUUUACCAGCUUCAGUCCAAUAAUGUGAGAGGUAAUAGUCGUGGAUUCAACAACAAUUUUCAAGCUAGUAGUGAUUACGUCAACCACGGCCCACAAGGUAAAGAAGUUUUCAAGAUGUACUCCAUGAGAAGAGGGGGCUAUCGCUCAAGUCUACAACAUUUGAAGGAUGGCGGUAAAAAUGAGAGAGUUCCUGCCGUAAACAAUGCGAGCCCUUACGGAAUACCAAUACACCAGCCGCAGCAAAAUCAAUAUGGGUAUGGGUACCUGCAAGUGUAUGGAAAUCAGGCGAACUACGGUGCAACUUAUAAUCAAUUUGGUCAAGCGCUGGCAUAUCAGCCGCAGUCAUAUCAAUCGCAGACAUAUCAGCGACGGUCAUAUCAACCGCAUAAUGGCAACAGUUCAGCACGUAGUGGAUACUUUCCUCCUCCCGGCCCUGCCUCUGGUAGAAAUGGAUAUAGAUAA